AUGCUGGCCAAUCUUGCUCUUGUGGCUUUGAGUGCCUUCACUGUUGGAGCAUAUGGAUACUCGAAUCCCGAAGCGUGCUCCGGAACAUGCACCAACACGCACGAUCCAUCUGUCAUCCAGCGCAGCGAUGGGACGUACUUCCGCUUCUCGACCGGAGGACUGGUUCAAAUCCAUACUGCACCAGCGAUUUCUGGACCAUGGACUUUCGCAUGCGAAAUGCUGUCUGGCAGCUCUAAAUUGACAGUCGGCACCAACGCCGGUACGGAUCUCUGGGCUCCUGAUGUCAGUCUCGUAGGCGAUACGUAUUAUGUCUAUUACACCGUCAGCUCUUUCGGGACUCAAAACAGCGCCAUCGGCCUUGCGACCUCAAGCGAUAUGAGUUGCGGUAGCUUCGCUGACCAAGGAGGCAUCGGAAUCUCGUCUUCAUCUUCGAAGCCGUACAACGCCAUCGACGCGAACUUACUCAACGAUGGAGGCGUGUACAGGAUGCAAUUCGGGUCUUUCUGGAACAACCUUUACCAAGUCACCAUGGAAAGUCCACCGACCAGUCCUUCGGGCAGUUCGGUCCAGCUUUCGUACGAUCGCGCCGGAACGCAUCCUGAGGAGGCCGCUUUCUUGAUCAAGAAUGGGAAUUACUACUACCUCUUCUAUUCGUGGGGCAUCUGCUGCGGGUAUGAUGCGACUAGGCCUGCCGCGGGCCAAGAGUAUAGGAUCAAGGUGUGCCGGUCGGAGAGUGCGACUGGUGGAUUCGUCGACGCAGAUGGGACGAGCUGUCUCCAAGGAGGCGGCACGGUCGUGCUGGAGUCUCAUGACAAGGUCUAUGGGCCCGGAGGACAGUUCGUAUACGAUGAUCCCGUGAACGGCUGGAUUUUGGGGUAUCAUUAUGUCGACACCACGAUUGGGUACGCUGAUGGAGAUAAGCGUUUUGGUUGGAACGUUAUCGAUUUCAGCAGUGGAUGGCCGGUAGUUUGA